AUGCCGCCGAUGCAGGGUCCCAACGGAUCCUCCGCAUUUGCCGAUGCGACAGCCCAACAAUCGCCGUACGGCGCUCCUCCGCCUUUAGCGCUUCAGCGAUCAACGAGCCACGAUGACGGCACUGCCAGGCGGCCGUCGAGUGCGCCUGGAAACAAGCAGAAUCUCUCUGCCGGUUUCUCUGCUGGCGAACAUUCGGAUUCGGACCGACCGAAGCGGCCAUCCAUGAAGCCGCUCCUCAUGCGAUCAAAGAGCGAGUAUGGAGUCAACCGCUCCGAGGAAGUCGACCACUCCGAGGACGAUAUUCCGCAUUGGGGCGCCAGACACGGUUUCGAUGAAUAUCAUGAGUCGCCGGAAAUCCUGGCCCAGAUAGCGAAUUCUCUGUCUGCGCGCAUUGCGCAAAGAAAGGAGACUUGCGAUUUACCACUCGGCCUGUACGCCAUGACCAAGUACUGUUGUUCGAGUCCCAAUCCUGGGGGCGGCGCGGGGCAUAAUCUCAUCCAGGUCAAGGUCUACAUUCCAUCCUGUCUGAGCCUCUAG